AUGGAUGUAGCAUCGAUAUUAACUGAAAAAUAUCCGAAUACGGAAAAAGCUGGUGGAAGUGGGUCAGUUGGAGUAUCUGCUGGAAAUGUAAAACCACAAGUACAUGCAAAACGAAGCACCUUAUCAAGACAUUCAUCUAAAGAUGUUAGCGAGGAUGGUUGUUGCCUUGCUAAAAUAUUCCUCUCUAAUAUCAUCUCAUUUGCAACGAGGUCAAGGCGUAAGGGUGUCAAUGAAAGGUGUCGUUCAACACGACGGAUGUCAUCAAGUGGAGGGAAAAAUGCGACCACGUGUAUCCAUGCUCCCAACUGUAAACGUAAAGCACUAUCUGAAGUGGGAGUUUGUGAUUCUUUCGAUGAUGAAGUAAGUGUUGUUUUGUUAUAUAAUUCUGAUAUUUCACUGCGAAUAUCUAUAGAUAUGCUUAGGCAGGAGAAAGUAAUUAAUCAUUUCCAGAUGAUUAGGCGACUUUCGAAUCUACCUCAAGGAAUGGACAGAAAUGAAUGGUUGGCCACACAUACUCUAUCUCUUUUCGAAAAUGUAAAUGCUUUAUGUGGAACAAUAUCAGAAAUGUGCACUCCGGUGUCAUGCCCUAUCAUGUCCUAUCCAGGUGUUCCGAAAGCACAUUGGGUUGAUGAAAGAAGGAAACACCAUCCAUAUUCUGCCAUGCAGUACAUCGAUUGUGUAUUAUCAUUCUGUGAAAAAAGUGCAAAGGAUGAGCGACUCUAUCCAACUAAAUAUGGAUCUGCCUUUUCGAAUAAUUUUGAAAAUCAUUGCCGUCGUUUAAUACGGUUACUCUGGCACAGCUGCGGUCACCUAUACACAAACCACUGGGAACAGUUGGCUACAUUGAAUUUGCGGUCUCAAUACGGAUUGGUCGUGGCACAUAUGUACUCUAUUGCAAAAAUGUAUGAUCUUCUGGAGAGUAAGGAACUGUCUGCCCUUUCGCAUACGUUGCAGCUGGUACGCCCAGCUGUAGUGUACCAUGGAUGUGGUCAUCAGAUGGCACAACUCAGUGAUGGAUCCAACGGUUUGCAGCAAUUUCCAUCGUCAAAAAGUGGUAGCUGGGGGGGUUAUCCGACGAACACCGCUUUGUUUGCUGGAUUUGAGAUUCGAAUAUCAUGUACAUUUGGUUGCUCUUCAUUAGAUUAUAAUACUAUGGUACUAGCCACUCUAUUGUAUUGA